GAGGGAUAGCUCUCGUCCCCUGUUCUAAGCUCCGAUUGUCAAUCAACACAACAACAUGUGCUCUUACAACAAAAUCACCUUUUUCUGCCAACACUUCGAGUACCGAGUCGCGAAGCAUUGCCAUUUUGCGAGAAAUGACCCCGGUCACCAAUGCUUUGGCGCGUGGACCAUCAAACGUGAAUGGGAUGAGCCUCAAGAACUUUGCAAAGACUGCGCAAAGCAGCAAAUAUAUUCUCCCAGUGCCAUGUGACGCUCAGUCGACAUAUGGCGUUGGCGGCAGAAAGUGAAAUCCUGGUGUAUGAUGGUGGUGUAUCUUCUGAGAGGGUUUAUGGAGAUUCUGUAA